AUGGUUCGAGAGAGCGAUUCUACAGAAAAUAAGCCGACUACACCUGAGAAAGUUGUUGUUGCUGCUACUAAUGGUGAACUGCAACAUCUUUUUAACACUAUACAAAUUCAUUUUAUCUUGCUAAAUUCUAUUUGGACAAAAAAUCUUACCGUGUUAUCUCUUUUCAUCGAUCGCGCGAAUUCGUUGAGCUGGCUGUUGAAACCUGUCACAGAGAGCACCUUGCAGCUGUUUGUGAAGACAAUUUUGGAAUGGUCAAAUAUGGGGAGAAGACUUAGUCGUUGCAGCACUUUUGAUGGCUAUACCUCAAGUUAUGACCACAAUCACAAACCAGUAGUGCAGGGUGAUGGAUAUGGACUGAAUAAUGUUGACCCUUUUGCUUUUGGAAACUUUUAUGGAUCUGUGGCAUCUUCUAGGUCUAUAAUGAACACUUAG